AGACAGGAAGGGCGGCGGGCCGAGAAGCACGGAGAGUCCCGGUCUCAUUUCCUUUCGAAUCCCCCUGUGGAAUUUCAUUUCAUACGUUGCUGCUGCUCCUGGGGCCGGCGCGGGGCUUCGGGGACGAGGAGGAGCGGCGCUGCGACCCCAUCCGCAUCUCCAUGUGCCAGAACCUCGGCUACAACGUGACCAAGAUGCCCAACCUGGUGGGGCACGAGCUUCAGACGGACGCCGAGCUGCAGCUGACAACUUUCACACCGCUCAUCCAGUACGGCUGCUCCAGCCAGCUGCAGUUCUUCCUUUGUUCUGUUUAUGUGCCAAUGUGCACAGAGAAGAUCAACAUCCCCAUUGGCCCGUGCGGCGGCAUGUGCCUUUCAGUCAAGAGACGCUGUGAACCCGUCCUGAAGGAAUUUGGAUUUGCCUGGCCAGAGAGUCUGAACUGCAGCAAAUUCCCACCACAGAACGACCACAACCACAUGUGCAUGGAAGGGCCAGGUGAUGAAGAGGUGCCCUUACCUCACAAAACCCCCAUCCAGCCUGGGGAAGAGUGUCACUCUGUGGGAACCAAUUCUGAUCAGUACAUCUGGGUGAAAAGGAGCCUGAACUGUGUUCUCAAAUGUGGCUAUGAUGCUGGCUUAUACAGCCGCUCAGCCAAGGAGUUCACCGAUAUCUGGAUGGCUGUGUGGGCCAGCCUGUGCUUCAUUUCCACUGCCUUCACAGUACUGACCUUCCUGAUCGAUUCUUCUAGGUUUUCCUACCCUGAGCGCCCCAUCAUAUUUCUCAGUAUGUGCUAUAAUAUUUAUAGCAUUGCUUAUAUUGUCAGGCUGACUGUAGGCCGGGAAAGGAUAUCCUGUGAUUUUGAAGAGGCAGCAGAACCUGUUCUCAUCCAAGAAGGACUUAAGAACACAGGAUGUGCAAUAAUUUUCUUGCUGAUGUACUUUUUUGGAAUGGCCAGCUCCAUUUGGUGGGUUAUUCUGACACUCACUUGGUUUUUGGCAGCAGGACUCAAAUGGGGCCAUGAAGCCAUUGAAAUGCACAGCUCUUAUUUCCACAUUGCAGCCUGGGCCAUCCCCGCAGUGAAAACCAUUGUCAUCUUGAUUAUGAGACUGGUGGAUGCAGAUGAACUGACUGGCCUGUGCUAUGUUGGAAACCAAAAUCUCGAUGCGCUCACCGGGUUCGUGGUGGCUCCCCUCUUUACUUAUUUGGUGAUUGGAACUUUGUUCAUUGCUGCAGGUUUGGUGGCCUUGUUCAAAAUUCGGUCAAAUCUUCAAAAGGAUGGGACAAAGACAGACAAGUUAGAAAGACUGAUGGUCAAGAUCGGGGUGUUCUCAGUACUGUACACAGUUCCUGCAACGUGUGUGAUUGCCUGUUACUUUUAUGAAAUCUCCAACUGGGCACUCUUUCGGUAUUCUGCAGAUGAUUCCAACAUGGCUGUUGAAAUGUUGAAAAUUUUUAUGUCUUUGCUGGUGGGCAUCACUUCAGGCAUGUGGAUUUGGUCUGCCAAAACUCUUCACACGUGGCAGAAGUGUUCCAACAGAUUGGUGAAUUCUGGAAAGGUAAAGAGAGAGAAAAGAGGAAAUGGUUGGGUGAAGCCUGGGAAAGGCAAUGAGACUGUGGUGUAAGGCUAGUCAGCCUCCACGCUUUCUUCAUUUUGAAGCAGGGAAUGCCAGCAUUUUGGAGGAAAUUCUACUAAAAGUUUUAUGCAGUGAAUCUCAGUUUGAACAAACUAGCAACAAUUAAGAGACCCCACCCCAACCCCAGCAUCAAAAAAACCAAUGAUUUUGCUGCAGACUUUGGAAUGAUCCAAAAUGGAACAGCCAGUUAGAGGCUUUCAAAGCUGUGAAAAAUCAAAAACGUUGAUCACUUUAGCAGGUUGCAGCUUGGAGCGUGGAGGUCCUGCCUAGAGUCCAGGAAGUCCAGGGCGAUACUGUUUUCCCCUGCAGGGUGGGAUUUGAGCUGUGGAUUGGUAACUUGCAGGGAGAAAGAUUAACUUUUUUAACCCUUUACAAUUUUAAAUACUAACUGGGUCUUUCAGAUAGCAACGCAAUCUAUAAACACUGGAAACGCUGGGUUCAGAGAAGUGUUACAAGAGUUUUAUAGUUUGGCUGAUCUAACAUAAACAUCUUCUGUGGUGCACUGUCUGCUGUUUAGAACUUUGUGGAUUGCACUCCCAAGAGGUGGUGGUAGAAUCUUUCAGUGCCUUUGUCAUAAAACAGAGUUGUCUGAACAAACAAAUGUACUGUACUCACACACAUAAGGUAUCCAGUGGAUUUUUCUUCUCUCUCUUCCUCUCUUAAAUUUCAACAUCUCUCUUCUGGGCUGCUGCUGUUUUCUUCAUUUUAUAUUAAUGACUCAAAAAAAAGGUAUUUUUAUAGGAAUUUUUGCACUGCAGCAUGCUUAAAGAGGGGAAAAGGAAGGAUGAUUCACUUUUUGACAAUCACUUAAUUCAAAGGAAAAUGAGAUUUACUAAGUUGACUUACCUGACCGACCCCAGAGACCUAUUGCAUUGAGUGGUGGGGACUUAAUAUAUUUUACUUGUGUGAUUGCAUCUAUGCAGACGCCAGUCUGGAAGAGCUGAAAUGUUAACUUUCUUGGCAACUUUGCAUUCGCACAGAUUAGCUGUGUAAUUUGUGUGUGUCAAUUAGAAUUAAAAGCACAUUCUUGGACCAUGACAUAGUAUACUCAACUGACUUUAAAACUAGGGUCAACUUCAACUUGCAUUCUCAGAAUGAUAGUGCCUUUUUAAAUUUUUUAUUUUUUAUUUUUUAAAGCAUAAGAAUGUUAUCAGAGUCUGGUCUACUAACGACAAUGGAGACUUUUUCAGUUUUAUAAAGGGAACUGAGGACAGCUAAUCCAACUACUUGGUGCAUAAUUGUUUCCUAGUAAUUGGCAAAGGCUCCUUGUAAGAUUUCAUUGGAGGCAGUGUGGCCUGGAGUAUUUAUAUGGUGCUUAAUGAAUCUCCAGAAUGCCAGCCAGAAGCUUGAUUGGUUAGUGGGGAAUAAAGUGUAGACCAUAUGAAAUGAACUGCAAACUCUAAUAGCCCAGGUCUUAAUUGCCUUUAGCAGAGGUAUCCCAAGCUUUUAAAAUUUAUGCUAUACGUUCUUCAUGAGGGGGUAUCCCCUAGCAGCCGCUUGAAAAUUGCACUUCUCUUAAAACUGUAACUGGCCUUUCUCUUACCUUGCCUUAGGCCUUCUAAUCAUGAGAUCUUGGGGACAAAUUGUUGACUGUGUCACAGGUUGCACUCCUUGUAACUCAUACCUGUCUGCUUCAGCAACUGCUUUGCAAUGACUUAUUUAUUAAUUCAUGCCUUUAAAAAAAUAGGAAGGGAAGCUCUUUUUUUUUUUUUUUAAAUCACACUUUGUGUGAUUGAAAAAAACAUUUCCAGGGACUCAGAAUUCCAAAUAGGUGGUCAAAUUCUGGAAAUAAGCAUUUCCUCUGUUUUAAAAAUGUGGUUUGAGCCUUAUGCCCAUAGUCUGACAUUUCCCUUUCUUCUUUCCUUUUCGUUUUUGUGUGGUUCUUGAGCUCUCUGACAUCAAGAUGCAUGUAAGGUCCAUCGUAUGUUUUGGAAGGCAAAGUCUUGGCUUUUGAGACUGAAGCUAAGUGGGCACAGGUGGCCCCUGCUGCUGUGCCCAGUCUGAGUACCUUGGCUAGACUCUGGGUCAGGCUCCAGGAGCAUGAGAAUUGAUCCCCAGAAGAACCAUUUUAACUCCAUCUGAUACUCCAUUGCCUAUGAAAUAUAAAAUGUGAACUCCCUGUGCUGCUUGUAGACAGUUCCCAUAACUGUCCAGGGCCCUGGAGCACGCACCCAGGGGCAGAGCCUGCCCUUACUCACGCUCUGUUCUGGUGUCUUGGGAGUUGUGCAGGGACUCUGGCCCAGGCAGGGGAAGGAAGACCAGGCGGUAGGGGACUGGUCUUGCUGUUAGAGUAUAGAGGUUUGUAAUGCAGUUUUCUUUGUAACGUGUCAGUGAUUGUGUGACCAAGGCAGCAUCUAACAGAAAGCCAGGCGUGGAGUAGGUGAUCAAUGCUUGUCAAUGACUAAAUAAUAACAAUAAAAGAGCACUUGGGUGAAUCUGGGCACCUGAUUUCUGAGUUUUGAGUUCUGGAGCUAGUGUUUUGACAAUGUUUUGGGUUUUGACAUGUGUUUUCCACAAAUCUCUUACCUUUUCAGGGCAAAGUGUAUUUGAUCAGAAGUGGCCAUUUGGAUUAGUAGUCUUAGCAAUGCUACAGGGUUAUAGGCCUCUCCUUUCACAUUCCAGACAAUGGAGAGUGUUCAUGGUUUCAGGAAAAGAACUUUGUGGCUGAGGAGUCAGUUACCAGUGACCUUCAAUCAACUCCAUCACUUCUUAAAUCGGUAUUUGUUAAAAAUAUCAGUUAUUGUUGUAUUUAUUGAGUGCCAACUGUAUGUAAAGCCCUGAAAUAGAUAAUCUCUGUUCUUCUAACUGAUCUAGGGUGGGGACGCACCCAGGUCUGCUGAACUUUACUGUUCCUCUGGGAAAGGAGCAGGGACCUCUGGAAUUCCCAUCUGUUUCACUGUCUCCAUUCCGUAAAUCUCUGCCUGUGUGAGCCACCACACCCAGCCUGGGUCUCUCUACCUUUAACACAUCUCUCAUCCUUUUCCCAGGAUUCCUUCCAAGUCAGUUACAGGUGGUUUUAACAGAAAGCAUCAGCUCUGCUUCAUGACAAUCUCUGGAGAAAUCCCUUAGGAAGACUAUAAGAGUAGUCCACAAGGACAUGGGCCCACACAUCUGCUUUGGCUUUGCCGGCAAUUCAGGGCUUGGGGCGUUCCAUGUGACUUGUAUGGGUGUGUUUGAGGACAGCAUCUUGCUAGAGAGAAGGUGAGCAUUGUUUUUUUUUCUAUGAAACCUGCAGUAAAUAGGUAUGAUUGUAGCUUCCUCAGAAAUCCCUUGGCCUCCAGAGAUUAAACAUAAAUGCAAUGGCACCUCCAUCCAGCGUCCUUUCUGGUAGACUCCUUUCUCCUGCUUAUAUAGGCCAAACCUCAGGGCAGGGAAACAUGGGAGUAGAAUGGUGCUGGCCAGAACCAUCUGCUUGAUCUUCUUGGUUGAUUCAUAUCCUCUUUCCUUUAUGGAGACCCACUUCCUGAUCGCUGAGACUAUUUCUGAACUGGCAACUUACUUGGGCCUGAAACUGGAGAAUUUAAUUUCAGAGAUGCUCUCUGAUUUUCCUCUUCCAGGUCACUCUCUCACCUGCACUCCCCAAACUCAGGUUCUGGGAAGCUCGUGUGUCUAGACUCUGAUUUUAGAUUCUGUUCAGCACCUUUAGCUCUAUAUUCUCUGGCUCCCCGCAUCCUCAUGGUCACUGAAUUAAAUGCUUAUUGUGUUGAGAACCAAGCUGGGACCUGAGGACACAAAGAUGAGCUCAGCAGUCUCAGCCCUAGAGGAACAGACUCAGGGAUUUCACCAGGCCGGUACAAUAUUUGAUUUCUGGUGAGGUGGCCACAGCUGCAGUUAGGGAAGGGAGCCACAGAGCACAGACUGUCAAAGGAACCUCUUUUUUGUUUGUUUGUUUGACACAGAGUCUUGUUCUUUUGCCCAGGCUGGGGUGCAAUGGCACAAUCUUGGCUCACUGCAACCUCUGCCUCCCAGGUUCAAGCGAUUCUCCUGCCACAGCCUCCCGAGUAGCUGGGACUACAGGUGUCUGCCACCACGCCCAGCUACUUAUUGUAUUUUUAGUAGAGAUGGGGUUUUACUGUGUUGGCCAGGCUGGUCUCGAACUCCUGACCUCAUGAUCUGUCCGCCUCGGCCUCCUAAAGUGCUGGGAUUACAGGUGUGAGCCACCACACCUGGCCUGGAAGGAACCUCUUAAAAUCAGUUUACAUCUUGUAUUUUGUUCUGUGAUGGAGGACACUGGAGAGAGUUGCUAUUCCAGUCAAUCAUGUCGAGUCACUGGACUCUGAAAAUCCUAUUGGUUCCUUUAUUUUAUUUGAGUUCCCAUCUGGGUUUGUAUUAUGUCUUGCAAAUGACCUGAGUUAUCACUAUUCCUCCAGGGUUAGGUCAUAGAUCUUGGAAACUACUUAGAGAGCAUUUUGCUCCUACCAAGGAUCAGAUACUAGAGCCCUACAUAAUGGAUUUCAUUUCACUCUAGCCUACAUAGAGCUUUCUGUUGCUGUCUCCUGCCAUGCACUUGUGCAGUGAUUACACACUUGACAGUACCAGGAGACAAAUGACUUGUAGAUGCCCCGACAUGCCUGUUCCCCUUGGCAAGCUCAGUUGCCCUGAUAGUAGCCUGUUUCUGUUUCUGAUCUACCUUUUUUCUCUUAUUUGCAUUAGCCAAUUUCCAGAAUUUACCCAGGCAAUUUGUAGAGGACUUUUUUGGGGUCCUGUAUGAGCCAUGUCCUCAAAGCUUUUAUACCUCCUUGCUCUCCUACAAUAUUCAGUACAUGACCACUGUCAUCCUAGAAGGCUUCUGGAAAGAGGGGCAAGAGCCACUCUGUCCCACAAAGGUUGGGUCCAUCUUCUCUCCCAGGUUGUGAAAGUUUUCAAAUUGUACAAGUAGGCUGGGGCCCUGACUUGGCUGUGGGCUUUGGGAGGGGUAAGCUGCUUUCUAGAUCUCUCCCUGCGAGGCACGGAGGUGUUUCUGAAUUUUGUCUACCUCACAGGGAUGUUGUGAGGCUUGAAAAGGUCAAAAAAAUGAAGGCCCCUUGGGUUCUUUGUAAGAAAGGUUGAUUAAAUAUUAGGUGUAAUCUGCAAAAAGAUAACAUGUGACUCCCCCUGCUCUGUGCAGCUGUUGGGCUGGAUGCUCUGUGGCCUUUCUUGGAUCCUCAUGCCACCCCACAGCUCCAGGAACCUUGAAGCCAAUCUGGGGGACUUUCAGAUGUUUGACAAAGAGGUACCAGGCAAACUUCCUGCUACACAUGCCCUGAAUGAAUUGCUAAAUUUCAAAGGAAAUGGACCCUGCUUUUAAGGAUGUACAAAAGUAUGUCUGCUUCGAUGUCUGUACUGUAAAUUUCUAAUUUAUCACUGUACAAAGAAAACCCCUUGCUAUUUAAUUUUUGUAUUAAAGGAAAAUAAAGUUUUGUUUGUUAG